AUGAUCAUAGAGCGGUCCCCCGACGAAAUCGCCGCCAAGCUGGCGCUCAUGGGCGACAAGCUCGGCCACUCGCUACUGGACAUUCGCGAGCGCGCCAUCGCGUCGCUGAACUUCAAGCUCAGCAACGACCUGCUGACCUUCAAGGACGUCGGCUCGCACUCGGGCGUGCUCAGAGCGCUGCUCGAUUGGUUCGGCCACGAGGACUCCGUGCCUGGCGACGAGCGGGCGCUCGCCAUGCUCCGCCGCAUUGUCGAGGAGGAACCCACCGCCGCGGCCAGGCUCCAGAACCUCGGCGCGGAGGCCGCGCUGCUCGAGGUCACCGACGGCGCUUCCAGGCAGCUCGCCGCGCAGAUCGAAUCCCUCGUCGAGAAGAUCGCGACGGGAGGCGCCGACGUCGCGCCCCAGGAGCCGCCCUCAUCGCCGCCCGGGCCCGAACCAGAGACGGCGAACGCGGACGUCCCCGAAUCAGACGACGCAGAGGAGGCGGCGGAGGAACCGCCCGCUGAGGAGACCGCCGAGGCUGAGGACUCCACAGAGGUUGAGGAUUCGAAGGAGGAGGAUUCAAAGGAGGACGCCCCCGCGGAGGAGGAGGAGGACGCCCCCGCGGAGGAGGAGGAGGAUACCGCGGAUGAAGAGGAGGAUACCGCGGAUGAAGAGGAGGAUACCGCGGAUGAAGAGGAGGAGACAGCGGUGGAGGAGGAGGAGGAGGACGCCGAGGCCGCCGCCGGCGAAGUCGACGACGACGACCCCGCGUUCAUCAGACUCGACCCGGCGCUCAAGGACAUGUUCCGCAAGAACCCGCGGCUCGCCACCGCGUACUGGAACAUCGUCCGCACGCACGGUCUCGAGUCCGAGUCGAGCCGAGCCGCCGCCGUCGCCGCGGAUGCCGCCGCCGUCGCCGCCGUCGGAGACUCGCGAACGCUGGAGACGGCGACGCGCGGGGGGAGCCUUCACCUGCGCCGGUGCCGGAUCUCGCCGCGCGACGACGCGCGGCUCCUCGAGCUCUCCGUCAGGCUGCGGCACGCGGACGAUCCGUGCCUGCUCAUGGCGGCGCUGACGGAGUUUACCGAUUGCGCGCUGAAGGAUCUCCCGCCGCAGGCGCUGCUUCAGCGGCCGAGGUGCCUCUGGGCGGUCAUCUCGCUCGCGCGCGCCAGGGAGGGCCCCACCGCGGCGCACAACGCGCACAGGGCGACGCGCGGCGGAUCACCCAUCGCCCCCGCGGCGGUUCGCGCCGCGGCGCUCGCCGCGCUGAAGGAUUUCGUCGUCGCGAUCAAGGGUGCGUUGGGUCACGCGAACGACGGCGCCCACGCGGUUCGUCUCGGUCCCCGAACGACGACGCCGGCCGACCCGGAUGACGUCGAGGACAUACUGCUCGGUGGCGCGCGCGAGAACAGCUAUCCGCCGCCGGUUCCCUGCUCCGACGACGACGACGAAUUAAACGACGACGGCGUUCCGGGCCGGGACCCGCUUCACGCGCUGCCCGUCGCGCACCUCCUCGCCGUCUCCGUCGUUCCCCUGCUCGCGGAACCGGCGGUGGCGGGCGACGCCCUCCUCGUGCUCCAUGAGACGUUGCCGCUGCUCGAGCUCACCCCCGCGGACCGCGGCGACGACGCCGAGGCUUUAGGCGUCGUCGACGUCGAGGCGGUGGCGACCCGUCUCGGGGUGUACGCGACGGCGAUGGAGCGGGCGUUGGCGACGGCGAGCGCGAUCGCCUCGGCGAGCGGCGAGGACGAGUUGCUCCCCACGGGCGAGUGCCCGGCGUUCUUCCCGGCGCUCGCCAUGACGGCGGUGAUGCUCGCCGCCGCGGGCGCGGAUGCGUCGGCGAUCGCGGCGCGGCGGGGGAAGAUCCCGGCUCGCCUGGUGACGCGCUUGGAGACGGCGGCGAUUGACGAGCUGCUGGCGGCGGCGGUUCCCGGGCUUCGUAAGGUGACGCUGGCGGCGUUGGACGUCCUGGGCAGGCCAUCGUCUAAGGCCGAGUGCGCGGCGGCGGAGGCUGCCGAGCGCGCGACGCACGCCGCGGAGGUUGCGGCGAGGGACGACGCCGCCGCCGCAGCGUCGCGGUCCCCGAGCGACGCCGCGAGGAUGACGAUGGAGGCGCUCCCGGCGCUGGACUUUAUCGCCGAGGACGAAUCGGAGCCCCUCGCCGCGCGGCUCAUCGCGACGCUCCUCACCGCGACGGCGUCCGCGACGGCGGCGGUGCCCGAGGGUGCCGAGGGCGCCGACGCCUUUGAGGAGCGGAGGCGUCUGGGCGACGGCGUCGAGGACGCGAGGUUGGCCACGUCGGAGCUCCUGCGGCACGUCUCCCCCGCGGCUCGUCGCGGCGCGUACGCGGCUCUGGCGGCGGCGGCCGAGAUCGCCAUGGCGGCGGAGGCGGGCGGCGCGGCGGCGGCCGUGUCCGCGGCUGCCCGCGCCGUGAUGGUCGGCCCCGCGGUGACGGGUGAAAUCGUCUCCGGCGGCCUCGCCGAUCCGGAUACCCGGCUCAACGCGGCCAAGUGCCUCGACGCCAUCGCGUGCGGAUUUGGCGGCCGCGCGGGUAAGUCCGAGUCGCCGCUGGCGUCCGCCGCCGCCAGGGCGCUGCUCCCGUGGCUCCCGUGGCUCGAGUGCGACCUGGACGACGACGUCGUGGGACCGGCGGCGGCGGCGGCGGCGGCGGCGGCGGUUCGAGCGGCGCCAGCCGACGCGUGGACCCCGCUCGAGCCCCUCCUCCGCGGACUUUUUCACCAUUCCGCGAGGCGACGGGCCGCGGCGGCGACGGGACUCGCGCGCGCCAUGGGUACGGACGCCGCCACCCACGGAACCUCCGGGGAGGAGGACGUGGAUGCUUCAAUUGACGGGGAGGAGGGCGACGCGGAGGGCGCCGCGGCUGCUGCUCAGGCCGAAAUUGAGCGACAGGCGCGGGUCGACCCCUUCGGCUCCGUCGUGCGACACGCGGAUAACAAGUUUGCGGUUGAUUACGGCGAAGUGCGCGCGUCGCCCCUCGCGGCUUCGGUGUUUGGCGGUAAGGACGUCGGAAACCUCGUGGAUGUGAUGAUGACGCACACCCUCGGUACGUCCGUGCGCGUCGUCGCGGGCGAUCAGCUGUCGCUGUGCGCCGCGGAUCCGAGCCUCCACAAAGUCGUCUGCUCGCGCGAGGUGCUCGCGAGGCUCGCCGCGCUCGCCGCCGCCGCGCUGGCGCCGGAGGCGGAGCGCGUGACGAACGACGUGGGCGUCGCGGCGCUCAAGGUGCUCGCGACGUGCGUCAGGCACAGCCGCGAGGCGCGCGUGUUCUUCUCGGAGAUUUCGCGCGCAUCUCCCGCGGAGGCCGCGCAGCCUUACGGACAGUCGUCGCCGGUGCUGCCGCUGGUGUUCCAUCCCAGGGCCGCCGUCCGCGAGCACCUCGCGGUGUUUUGCGCGUACGUCGUCUUUGGAAAGGUGGCGGACCUCGCGACGACGCACGCCGGGCUCGGGGUGGUGCCCGACCCGACCGCCAUGCACGUGCCCGCGUCCAUCGCGAGACAGCUCAGGUUCCCGGUUCCGAUUAGACCGAUGGACGCGGGGGCUCUUAAUAAGGCCAGGUUGGCGGCGUCAAGGGCGUCGUCGCCGCUCGAGGCUGAGGGGACCGACCGCGCGCGCGUCCGCGCCAUGCUCGCGCAGAGGCGCGAGGUUCGCAGGCUCGGCGGCGCCGCGGGGGUGCUGGCCACCGUCGAGCGCAUGAUGUACGAAGCCGGCGGCGACGCUCGAACGGUGGGCCCCGUCGCGAGGGUCGCCGACGCAACGCUCCGCUGGGCGUCCCCAGCGUCGUCCGCGAUGGUGUCCCUCGCGAGGCUGGCGCAGGCGCGGUCGCACGACGACGCCACCGCCGCGUGCGCGUCCCUCCGCGGCGUCCUCGCCUUUGGCCCGCCCGGCGCCAACGCGAUUCUCGCCGCGACGUGGCCGAAACGUGCGGCGAGGCUGCUUCACACCCCGCCGCGGUCGCCCGAGGACGCCAGGCUGUGGGCGUCGCUCGCUUCGACCCUCGCGCGGGCGAUGCGCGUCGCGACCGCCCCGGCGCCGCUCGACCGCCUCGCGUGGAUCGCCGAGGCGGUCAAACGCGCGGCGGUGCCCGUCGUCCGCGCCGUCGCCGUCGGAGGCGACGAGCGGUUCGCGCCCGGUUUCAUCGCGUCGCCGGAGACGUUUCGAAUCCGAGACGCGAAACCCAUCGUUUCCGACCCCGUUUCUCACGACCCCGAUUCUUUCAACCCCGAGGAGCGCGGGGAGAUGUCCGCGGCGUCGUCAGCCGCCGCCAAGGCUGCCUGCGAGCUCGCCGCGCGUGUUCUCGACGCCGCCGUGGCGUUGAGCUCGGCGGCGACGUACGGCGGGUUCGUCGACUCUCCCGAGGCGGCGUCGGCGGCGUCGGCGGCGGCGGCGAGGGUCGCCGGGUUGGUCCUGUGCGAGACGGACCUGUGCGAGGCGGUCACCGAGACGCUCGUCGCGGACGCGCGGUGCGAGUACGGCGCGCGCGUCGCCGCGGUCGAGUGCGUCGCGAGCUGCGCCAGGGCUUGCGCGCUCGCGUCGGCGUCGAGAACAUCCGCGGAUGCGGAAUCCCCUCCGGAUGCGUCCGGAGCCGCCGCGGAUCUCGCGGACAUCGUCGUCGAGCCCCUGCUCACCUACUGCUGCACCGCGCGCAUCGGCGCGGACCCCACGGGGCCUGGCGCGCCAUCCUCGGCGCGGAUGGACGCGCGGAGACGAAUCGCGGAGGAGAUGGCUGGGACGGUUGGCUCGCGGUGGGGCGCGCUGGUGGACGCCGGCGUCGAAGCCUUGGACGCGACGUGCGAAGCGGCGCCCGGUACCGCUUGGUCCAGGGCGUGGGCGUCCACGGGCGCCACGUUUUGGCUCGCGCGACUGGCGCGGGACUGCCGCGCCAGCCGCAGGGCGAGCGCGUGGAGGCUGCUCUCCCGAGCGGCCUCGCCCGACGCGAGGUUCACGUGCGCGCUGUUGGCGACGACGUGGCCAGACGCUCCCGCCGCGGGCGCCAGGGUGGCGCUGGACUACACCGAGGCGCCGGCGGUUCGAGCCGCGGCGUGCCAGUUCGUGGCGGCGUGCCUGUCCACCACCGCCGCGGCGGACCCGCUGACGCUGCUGCAGCAGCCGGUGCCGGACGUCGUGCCGCUGCUCAACGGCGGGGAGAUUUGGCGAGGCUUGGCGGAGGUUCUCGUCGCGUGCUCGGGCGAGGGCGCAAAGGCGGGCGGGUCCCCCCACCCGUACGCGACCGCCGACGCGGACGGCGGGAGCCCGGGGUUGGAACCGGCGGUCACCGACCCGGCCGCCGCGGCGGCGCUCCGUCGCGGCGCCGCCGCGGCGCUCCUCGCGUGCUCGCGCCUCUCGCCGGUCAUCGUCGGAGUCGCCUUGUCGCCGCGAGCAUUUUCGGGCGAUGCGAAUUUCGAUUCGAAUGAAAUCCCGGAAAUUGACGACGAAGCUGAGGACAACUGGCCGCCCUCGCUCGCCGCCGCGCUCCGCGCCCUCGACCCCGCACCUUGGCGCACGUGCCUCGCGGCUCCCCCUCCCGAGGUGCUCGCGUGGGCGAACCCGCCCGCGAAAGCCGCGGAGGACGCCGCGGCGGCUGCGGCGAACGUCGCGGCGCUCGUGGGCGCGAUCGCCGCGGCAAACCUCGAAAACCUCGAGCCGGCCGCGUCCGACCUCGAGAACGAUCGAUCCGCACGGGCCGUGAGUACGGCAUCGCGGUUGUUCGCCGCGCCGAGGAUCGCGUGCGACACCAGCGCCGUGCCGCAGAUGGCGGCGACGCUCGCCGCCGCCGCGGGGGCGCUGGUGACUCGCCCGCCGCCCAGAGCCGGCGGGUCGCCCAGUCGACUCGACGCGCCGAGACGAGCGUCGGUGUGCCGAGCCUUCGCGAGGUCCGCGAGCGGACUCGCGGCGGUCCUCGCGGCGGCACCCGACCCGGGAGUGGGCGAUGCCGCGACGAACGCCGCGUGGCAGUGCGUCGCGGCGGCUCCGCUGUCCUGCGCUCUCAUCCUGGACCUCGCCGCCGCGGGGGCGUCUGGAUCGAUACACCGGAGCGUCGUCGGGUCCGCGGGGGCGGGUCUCACGGUCGCCGCCACGUCGGCGUGUGAGCUCCUCGCGACGCUCUUUCGCUCGCCCCAGGCGUCGGCGAUCGUCAUGGAAGCUGCGGCGAGGCAGGGCGGGAUGGGCGGUCCCGUCGGCGCGAGGCUGGCGACGUCGCUCAUGCGACUGUGGCACGCGCAAGCCGUCGGCGGCGGCGGCGGCGGUGAAGAGCAGUGGAAAACACCCGGCGCCGCCGCCGCCGCCACGCCGCACACCGCGGUAUCCGCCGCGCUCAGGAACGUCCUGGCUUACAGCGCGAGCGCCAAGCGAGCCGCAGCGGACGCGGAGCUCACGGCGACGCUGCUUCGCGUCGCCGCGCGCGCGCACCGCAUCAUCGCGUACGAACGACGCGCGGCGGACGCCGCCGCCGAGUUGGAACGCGAUCUCCGGGGAUACCCCCGGACCAAACCGGUCCCACCGCCGCUGCCCCCCGCGCCCAGGCCGCUCGCCAUGCCCGCGGACGCCGUCCUCGGCGAGUGCGUCUCCCUGCUCAAGCACGUGUUGUACUGCUCCCCCAGCGCCACGGCGGCGGCGGCGGAGGAUGACGAGACGAUGGGCGCGUUUGCUUCGGCGGCGACGGCGGAUCGCGACGGGCGAAGCGAGACGGCUUCCGCGACUGGCCACGCGGCGGCUGCGGCGCGCGCCGACGCCAUGGCGCACGGCGCGAUGCCGGCGAUGCACGCGCUGUGGCGUCACGCGGUGAGCGACAGGCACCUGUGCCACGAGCUCAUGGGGUUAGCCGCGAACUUGAUGGCUGGCAACGACGACGCCAAGCGGAUGUGCGUCGAGGAUGUCGACGCGGGCGACGGGGGCAAGCCCAUCUCGUUCGCCGAGCGCAUGCUCCGCCUCGCCUUUCGCAACACCAGCCCGGCGGCGACGACGCGACUGGCGCUCGCGCCCCUCGCGGCGCUCGCGGGCCAACCCGACGCCAGGCGGUGGCUUUUGCGCUCGCAGUUUCUCCCCAAGACGAUGGAGCAAUUCGCGGCGGCGGUUGGUAAGCGGGACGCGCAGAGGCAGGUUGCGGCUAUUCGCGCGCUGGCGGACGUGGCGGGCGGCGGGGGCGACGACGGCCGACGCGAGGUGCUCCGCGCGGGCGGCGGCGAGCUCAUGCAGCUCAUCCUGGAGGUUCUCGCCUCGGCGGGCGUCGCGGGACACAGGAUAAACGACGACGAGGAUGACGACAUCGACGUCAUCCUCAAGCUGCCCGGGCUCGCCGGGCCAGACGCGCCUAAAAAUUCCGUGUUUCAGACGCAGCUCCCGGUUGCGGCGCUCGAGGCGCUCCUCCUGCUCCGCAACCUCUGCUUCCACACCGAGGCCAAGGCGCACGUCACCGCGAACCCGAGGGCGCUCGACGCGCUCGUCGCCGCCGCUGGCGCGUCCGAUCCCGGAGCGAGGGCAGCCGCCGCGGAUGCGCUCCUCGCGCUGACCCACAACGGCCAGAGGAUUUCCACGCUGCUUCGCAAGGGAAGGAGACCCGCGCGGCUGCGACGGUUCGCGGCGCGGGCGUCCAAGGCGGUCGCCGCCGGGACGAGCGGACGCGCGCGGGCGGACGUGCACGCCGCCAAGUGCCUCGACGUGUUGGUGCGCGAGGUGCUACGCAUCGGGGACGCCGGCGACGACGCGUUUGGCCAUUCUCCGGAUUCGACGCUGCUGGACAUCUCCGAGGCGGACGUACGGGGGAUCGGGCGCGAGCCCAGCGACGGCCUGGCGAUCGGACCCGCGUGGGUGCACUAG